CUGAAAAGUUGUGCAGUUCCAACUAUUUUUAUGCAGAAAGAAAUUGUUUCUGCUACAUCAAAUACUGAAAUUGAUAUUACGGAAAAUAAUAAAGUGGACAAUGAAAAAUGUUUGUCUGAUGAUUUGAUAGAGGAAGACGUAUUUAAGGAAACAGAAGCAGCUAUAAAUAAUACAGAAAUAGAGCCAAUUAAUACAUCGCCAGUGUCAACGCCAAUUUCAGACUCAAUGAUAUGUGUGCCAUUUCAAAUUGGUAAUUCUGAGAAAAACUUUGAAGAAGCAGAAUUAAAAGUUCAAAAAGCAUUAUUAGAUGCUACACAGGCCAAAUUACGACAAGUGGAAACAAAAUUUCAGCAAGCAAAUAUGAUACUAAGUAAAUCAGAAAAGUCGCGGAUAAUAAUGAAAAAAAGAAUAAAAAAACUUAUGUAUGAAAGAAGAAAAUUAUUAGAAGAGAAUAGUAAUUUAAAGGCUAGAUACAAAAGAAUAUUUAACGACGACCAAGUUGCAGCUCUCUGCAAGAAAUCCAUGCGCGGUAAAAAAUGGUGUUCAGCUACUAUCAAAAAAGCUAUUCGCUUAAGAUUAUCUUGCGGUAAUAAUGGUUAUAAAGAAUUACGGAAUCAGGAUAUUCCUUUACCAGCAGAGCGUACUCUUCGAAGAAAAAUUGAGAACAUAGACUUUGAACCCGGUAUUUGUAAUCAAACGUUUGACAUAUUACGUAACCACAUUUUAAAUUUUACUGAUGAUUGAGAGAAAGAUUGCAUGCUCGCUAUUGACGAGAUGAGCAUUACUGCAGGACAACAAGUUGAUAUAGCAACAAAUUCACAUUUUGGUUUAUCGACGUUGCCAGAUAGAUCAGGUUAAUAAU